AUGGAUAUCGAUGACAAUAGCCAGCGCAAAGUUUUGAUUCCAAUCGCAUAUACAAUGUCUUUGAUAUCAGGAGAAAUGUGGGUAAAAGAAAUGUUGACCGGUCAUCCUAUUCGAUGUGUCAAUGCAUUUCGAAUGGAGCCACCGUUAUUUUUGAGAUUGUGUAAGGACUUAUCAUCGAAGGCAAUUCAUGAAGUUCUUAGAUUGAUUUCUUCUCGAAAGGUCAAGGGUCUUGCACAUGAUAUUAUAAGACCAUAUGAUCCCGAUUUCACCGGUAUCCCGGCUAAAAUAUCCACAGAUACACGAUAUAUGCCUUUUUUCAAGGACUGUGUGGGUUGUAUUGAUGGUACACAUAUAGCAGCAUGCAUACCUGAGCCCUUACAAAUGCCCUAUAGAGGAAGAAAAGGAUUGCCUACGUUUAAUGUUUUGGCUGCAUGUGAUUUUGAUAUGUGUUUCACGUUUGUAUCAGCGGGUUGGGAAGGUUCAGCACAUGAUACUCGUGUAUUUCUUCAUGCAAUCGGAUCUCCCGAAUUUAAAUUUCCUAAACCACCUGAAGGUAAGUAUUACUUGGCUGAUAAAGGGUAUCCAGAUCGUAGAGGUUAUCUAGUACCAUAUCCAAAGAUAAGAAGUUGCAUUGAGAGAUCUUUCGGAGUUUUGAAGCAGAGAUGGAAGAUACUUACUAAAAUGCCACAAUUUAGUAUUGAGAUGCAAAUACAAAUUAUGGUCGCUACAUUUGCACUACAUAACUACAUAAGGAUAAAUUCUCCAGAUGAUCCCCUUUUUCGAGUGUUAGAGGAUUAUCCAAAUUUUAUACCCUCAUUUGAGCUUCCCGAUGUUCAUGCCGUUUCAAAUAGUGAAAAUGGAGUUGUAAUAUGUACUGAAAUGAAGGUUAUCCGUGAUCGUAUUGCUGAUGAUUUAUGGAAAGCUAGAAGAAACAUUUAA